UUAACCAAACCCUUUUUAUACCACAACUCCCAACACAUCUACCAACUACUUUAUGUUUUCCCGAGACUCCAAAACAAGGCGGCCCUUGAGCCAGUCGUUGUCUCUUACCAACCUCCACCUCUUUACCCGAUCUCGUGAACCGUCGUUGUCCCACACCAAAUCGUCUGCUCCUUUACAAAACAUCACAAACACCGCGAUCAACACCUCCCGUCUGCGGCCCGCUAAGCAACGCUACUCGUCACUAUUCGACAAGGAGAACGAGACCAGACAGCGCCUUCAUAAGCGGUUUUCCGUCAACUUCAAACAGGUAGAAGACAGUGACAGCGACGAUGAGACGAUUAAAAGCAUCAACACAUCUCCAUUCACAAACAACGAUAUGAUGUCGCUCAAUCUUUCGAGUAUCACCCUCGAAGAUGAAGAGCCUUCGAAAGACAAACCUGAACUCUCCAAAAGUGAACUUCCCAAAGACGACAAGCGAAUGUCACGAAUGUCGAAUCUCUCGAGCAUUCUCGAGUUUGUGCACCAGAUCAACUAUGACGUGGCGCCGCCGUUCGGUGACCCGGCGAAGCUGAAGGUCUUUGAAGAGGUGCAAAUCGGCCAAUUUAAUGCCACUUCUGACUACCAUAUCAAGUUGGUGCACAACGCAAUGCUCUUCCAGUACGACGAGGCUGAUAUUGUGGACCCGUUGGGGCUCGAUGACAUUGACUACGCAGCCGUGUUUGCAGCGCCAUACCACGAGGAGCUAAGCAUCUAGCCGUGGGUUUGAAAUGUAUUUACGUGGUGAUGAUUUUAGAGAGCCGAAGGGCCAAAUGUCGCAGCUGCAUCGCGAACUCACCUCGCGAGAUCUUUGUAUAAUAGUGUAUAAUUCCAAUCAUAUUCUUAUGAGCAGGUACUUAUUCUCGCGCACCGCCGCUGUGGUUGGCGCCGUGGCAGCAUCGUCGUUCGCCACGUACACCCUCACCCGUGCCCAUCUUCAAUCCAACCUCCCGUCCGAUUGGUUCCCCAACGAGAGCACCACCAAACUCCAUUCCAUUUCUACUCCCCAGUACGCCACCCCAUCGCAACUCCAGCACGCUAUCCGUGAACUACGCGAUGUUCUAGGUGACACCAAUGUCGUUAACACCCCCGUGGUGCUUGAGUACCACACUCGUAAUGAGUUCAAUCCGCACGAGCCCAAACCUCAUGAGAAGCCCAAGUAUGUGAUAUACCCUAGAUCCACAAACGACGUCAGCGAGGCCAUGGCCAUCUUGAACCGGUACCGUGUGCCGGUGGUGCCGUUCAGUGGCGGCACAUCUCUCGAAGGCCAUUUCUACUCUACUCGGGAAGGUAUCGUCAUGGAUACCUCCAAAAUGGACCAGGUCCUCGCCAUCAACUCCGAAGACCUCGACGUACAGGUCCAGGCGGGCGUCAAUUGGGUUCGCUUGAACGAACAGCUUGCUCCGCACCAGUUGAUGAUCGGGUCUGACUGUGGACCU